AUGGAUUCUCCACCCAAGAAAUCAUUCUCUGCAUCGUCGUCGAGUAUGCUGGCGCCGGGUUUCCGAUUCCAUCCGACGGACGAGGAGCUCGUGCGUUACUAUUUACGGCGAAAAGUCUGCGGGAAGUCCUUCCGAUUCGAUGCUAUUUCAGAUAUCGAUAUUUACAAGGCCGAACCUUGGGAUCUCCCUAGCAUGUCAAAGCUAAAGACUAGAGAUUUGGAGUGGUAUUUUUUCAGCGUACUUGACAAGAAGUAUGGGAAUGGAUCAAAGACCAACCGGGCAACUGACAAAGGAUACUGGAAGACGACAGGGAAGGACAGGGCUGUCUACCAUAAAUCAGAGAUUGUUGGCAUGAAGAAAACACUCGUUUAUCAUAGUGGCCGGGCUCCAAAGGGUCUAAGGACUAACUGGGUUAUGCAUGAGUACAGGCUCAUUGAUCUGGAGUUGGAGAGAGCUGGAAUUGUUCAGGAUGCAUUUGUACUGUGCCGAGUAUUUCAAAAGAGUGGUUCGGGGGCGAAGAAUGGUGAGAAGUAUGGGGCACCAUUUGUGGAGGAGGAGUGGGAGGAUGACGAAGUGGAAAUGGCUACCAAGGAAGAGGCUGUGGAGGAAGUGGAUUUUGGGGAUGAUGCCUAUUUGGACAGCCAUGACCUUGAGCAGAUUCUUGGAACAGACGUUACAUCGGAUGUUGCUCCCCUUCCAUUGAAUUUUUACACUGUGGAAGAUGGCAGCAAUGGAAAGGAAUUCUCGACCACAGUUGAUGCCCAAAAGCUCUUGUUGGGUGUCCCCAAACAUCAGUGUGAGCCAGAGCAACCUGAUGAUACGAGGUUAUUUGAUGGCAACCCACAAUAUUUCCCGGAUGAUCCUUCAAAGAUGGCAGGAAGUGAGGACCUUGUUUCUGAUCAAGCAUUCCUUGUUCAGAAGAGUAUAAACGAGCCAACUCAGCAAGAUACUACAUCAAGCAGACAAUUCUUCGACAGUAAUAAUGACUAUGAUGCUGAACCAUCCUCUACGAAAGAAUCUGCGAAAUUUGAAUCAGAUUUUCAGUAUCCAUUCACCAAGCGGGCAAGUCUCAUGUUGGGCAGCAUCUCUGCUCCUCCAGCAUUUGCUUCAGAGAUUUAUCCGAAAGAUACUGCUCUUCGUUUCAAUUCUGUAUCUCAAUCUUCCAGUUCAGCACAUAUUACUGCUGGCAUGAUUCAGUUACGAAAUUUAACCAUGGCUGGAAAUGGGGCAGACAAUUCAUUUGGCAAGGAUGGAAACUUCAACAUUGUUCUUUCUUUUGGUGCGUCACAAGGUUCUGAUGGUUCUGCAAGCUUGGAAUCUCGUGUUACACUUCCCGGAAAGACACUCUCAGCAAUUGCUAGGGGCUGGUUUUACUUCAUUUUCCUAUGGGCCCUAAUUUUCUGCAUGAGCUUCAAAAUCGGGACCUUUGCAUGUGCGAGUUGA